GAAGACACUUUCAUUUGUAACGUCUUGAAUUUUGAAAACAAACGUUCAAGACUCGUUAGAUUUCGGAUUCAUGUUGGUAGUUAUUUUAGAAAAAUUGAGUUUUAUUAGUGAUUUGUAAUACAGACACAAUUUAGACAUUUAUUGUGAACUUAUGUGUGUUCUAUUAAAAGGAAAACAGUGAGAACUCAAGGCAAAAUGAUUACGUUAACCGAAGAUGUCAACAAGCUAUUCAAUGAAGUCCUGGUGGAGAUAUCCCAGAAUGUCCGCUCAAUGAUGGAGGAGCUCUGGCUGAACUGGUCACAUCUUGGCGUCGAUGACAACACCAAAGUGAACAACAUCACAAAGCUGGUGCAGAUAGAGAAGGAACUCCAUAGAGAUGUCAUCUCGGAGACCAGACAGAAGCUCAAAACUAUGCAAGGACAAGUUGACAAACUCAAAGAAGAGACAGAAGAGUUGAGUAGAUGUUUAUCUGUUGAUAUCACCAUCCUGGACUUCAAGGAAGACAUGAUGCUGGUUGAAUAUAAGAGGGAACUGGAAGAACAGAUUGCUGGGUAUAGAGAACAAGUAGAACAACGUCGUAUGAAGAUGGAGAGGCUAUUGGAAUGGCAGCGGGACUUGGCUGAUAAACUUGGAGUCACCAUCCAGGAGUUGCAAGAAGUCCCACUUCCCGCUGAGGAGGAACUGGACAAGCUGAAGGAACACUUGGAAAUGCUUCAAGCGGAGAGGGAUAAGAGAGCAGAGACCUUCUUGAACAUUCAAGUUGAGAUUAAGGAUAUUAUGGACAAACUCCGCAUCAAACCACAGAACAAGUUUGAACAUAUUGUGACAUCAUCUCUAUCUGUGGACUUCAAAGUGACUGACCUGAACAUGGACCGACUCGCCAAGCUCCAGCAAGACUUGCAAGAGAAAUAUGAACAGACUAAUAACAGGGUAUUGGAGCUUCGUGAGCGUCUCACUAAACUCUGGGAAUGCCUCGAUGAAGAUCAGAUUUACCGCGAAAACUUCUUGCACGCACAUCCUGGUUGCCACCCACAGACCGAAGCCGCCAUCAAAGAGGAGAUCAAACGCUGCGAUCAAAUCAAACGGCAGAAGAUUCAGGUGUUCGUGGCGAAUGUGCGCACUAAGAUAAAGUUGAUGUGGGACAGUGUGAUGUAUUCGAGCCGUGAACGCGAAGAAUUUGUGCACUACUACCAAGACAUCUUUACUGAAGACACUUUGACCUUACACGAACUUUAUUUGGAGAAGAUCACCAAGUAUUAUAAUGAUCAUAAGCACAUUUUCGAGCUGGUGGUAACACGUAAGAACCUUUGGCUGAAGAUGACUGAGCUCGAGGCUAGAGCUACGGAGCCGGGUCGUUAUCACAACCGAGGAGGGCAACUACUGCGCGAAGAGAAAGAGAGGAAGGCCAUCGCAAGCAACUUACCGAAGAUUGAGGCACAAAUCCGUGAACUAGUGUCUGAAUAUGAAGCUAAGACUGGUAACAUCUUCACUGUCGAUGGCAAACCUCUUCUGCAGCUUAUGGAAGACGAAUGGGAGACGAGGAAGGCUGAGCGUCACAACAAGCUGUCAGCCCGCAAGCAGGCGCUGACGCCGACGACGCCACUGUUCCGGUCGCUGGCCACAUCACCGCUCGGGAAACGGAACAGGACUGCCGCGGGACUCGCUGCUACUGCUGAAAGAAACAGGCCGCCGUCCAAGCGACAGUUGAUCACAGGCAGUGCUACUAAAGCGGUGACUACCUUCACCAACAACUUGUCAGCGCUCAAGAGAUCUGCUAUCACUACUGUUAAAAGGCGUAUCAGCGGCCGUUUGGCGGCUAGAGCUGUCGCGGAGGGCAAGGAUGCCAAGAGGAAGCUGGACUACGGAGGGGAGCUCAGGAAGACACCUAAAGUCAAUGGCAGCAUUCUCAAACAUAAGCGUACGUCGCACGGUAAGCGUCACAGCUCCAGUCGCCGUUCGAUUAACGCGACGCGCUCGACUGGCUCACAGGAGGAGGAGAGAGUCGCCAACAAGGAUCCUCUCAUGGAAACCACACUCCUCACUACUUAUACAGACUUUAAGGACGGAAUCAACGAAAAGCAGAUCAGCCGCAGUUCAAUGGCGAACCAGAGACCGAACGAGCCUAUCCUACCAACUAUCGUCUACCACACGAUCGACGAAAGGAAUGGCACCCCUAAAAAAACUCCUCGAGUCAAAACUCCUUUGACGCCUAAAGUAGGAAAGGAGAAUAUACAACAUGUGAACGCAGCUACUCCUAAGAGUAAUCUAUUGUACACGCCGACUAGACUCACUAGGUCAGCCCUCAAGCUUAACAACGAUGGCUUCGCAACUCCCCGAGCUCCUCUCAGCGCAAACAAAGUCAACCUUCAAAGACAGAACACAGUCGCCAGUUUAACGGUCAAAACUACCCCCAACAACGUUAGCAGGUCUAAAUCCCACUCGCAUUUAGUACGAGCGAAAAAUCUCCCGCCUCUUAUCUAAGCACUUUAGACUGAGUACAUUAUUUAGAUCUUGAUGUAAAUGUUUGGUUUGUUUUUUUAAAUAUUUUAUUAUUUUUUCGCAUUUAUAUCAAGGUGUAUGCAUUGUGCCUUACAAUAGUAGCCAUGAUUUUUCUUGUAAUUAUAAAUUUAUCCAGAUUUUUAAUACAAUUUUUAUUAUUGUGUGUUGUUCAUGGUUUGACUCAAGUUUUAUGACGUAUUGCUAGUUUUCACGUUAAUAAUGAUAAUGUUUUCUUUAUAUCCUUGUAUAUUUGAAUCUCUUAUAAUUAUGUGCUGAUUCACAUUCAAUUUUAAGGAGUUGAUUAUGUUUAUAGAUGUGAUUGAUAGAUAGUAUUUUAAUUGAUAGUUUUAUAAGUUACUUUCAGUUCUUACAAGAGUUAUUUUAGUUUUGUCUUCAAUUGGAAUAAUGUUGUUUUAGAGUAGUUUUAGUCUUUUACUAACACUUGGCACAUUUUGUUAGACAAUAUUUCUUGAUAAUUCUUAUGAACAGGACAUCGAACAUCGAUAUAAUUAAGUAUUUUGCGUAUGUAGGAACUGCGUGAAACAUGUUAACAUGGCUGGCAGCUUUAAAAUUUCUUAAAAGGUCAACAAGGAGGUUCGCACACCAAGACAGUGUACUUAAUUUUGAUCAGUAUUUCAUGAUGGGUUCGCAAAAAAGCCAUUUCUCAUGCUAACAUUAAUAUAAAAUGAUUACUAAUUAAUAUGCGUCGCUU